AUAUUUUUAUUUUACGAAUUUACCUUCUAAAAUGAAAUUGUUUGUGGUUGCUGUCUGCCUCAUCGUCGCGGUAGCGGCCGCGCCCUCGAGCCCGGAGACUGCGGCGCGGCGCGCGCUGCCCGCGCUGCAGCACGAGGAGAUCCACGACGAGUUCGGUCAGUACGCGCUCCGCUACGUGACCGCCGAGGGCACCGUGGUGUCGGAGCGCGGCCGGCUGGUGCCCAACCCGGACGGCACCGGCCACGUGCUCGUCACCGAGGGGGAGACCUCAUACAUCGGCGACGACGGCCGCACCUACGUCACCAAGUACAGCGCCGGCUUCGACGGCGUCAAGGUCGAGGGCAACCAUCUGCCCGUGGCGCCCGAACCUCUCCCCGUGAAAUAAAAUAAAGCUUUAAACGAAUACUUUUAUUUUUUAUUAUAUUUGCCAUUUUUCUGAUAGUUUUG